AUGGGGAAGAGUAUGAUGAAUAAUGGGAUUUGUAUUCAGUCAUUCAAUGAUGGAGGUACAAGUAAUGAUUUUUAUGGUUUGCUAGAUGAAAUUAUAGAGAUAGAAUAUCCUGGGCUAGAAAUGCGAGAGAAAGUUGUGAAUACAUUUCAGACCGAGAAAUAUAUUAUUCCAACAUUACGAAAUCCCAGGGGAGUAGUGAUAAACAUGGAUGCAAAUGAAAUUGAUAAUGAUGUGGAGGAAGUGGAAGACGAAGAGGAAGAGGAAGAGGAGAAGGAGGAGGAAGAGGAUGACGACAUCAUGGAUGAGGAUGACAAUGAUAAUGAGGACUUCGAUUGUUAA